CUUCAGACGACCACACAUACCUAGCCAAUUUUCAAUUUCCUAUUUUUAAUUUAGUGUACAUAUAUGAGCGGUUGUAGAAAACCGUCUUGUGCAAUAACUCCUAGUCGGCUAGAGGUGUUACGGUUAGUGUUGCAGUAUAAUAAUUGUAGAUGCAGAGACGAUAUUUGUGAUCGGUUUUGUUGCAAUUGUGCGUAGUGAAUUUAAAAUGCGUGGAGGAAUAUGCAGAUUAACUAUUGUGUUUCUCGAUUUUACGAUAUUAUGGACAGCCUUAUCUGUAGCUUUAGGUUUAGAAUUAAGAGGUGAAUAUAUCCGUGGAGUUCCUUGUAUAAAAAGACAUCAACAGUUGUAUUGUCCGACAGCUGGAAAUUCUUACCCACUGGACAGGAUAGAGCUGUUCAUAGACGAAAAUAAAGCCUUAAUGAAACGAAUGUAUGGCGAAUUUGAUAUGCCAGAGUACGAGCCAGAGUCAGGUGGAGGGGGACGGUAUGCCCCUGGAAACAAGAGAAAAAGAUCCGUCAAGCCGGGUGUGCCAGAUAUUCAUCUAGAUCCAGGUCCCGAUAUCCAUAUUGAUGCUGAGCAAUCGUCUAAAAAAAGGACCAUUAGACAGAAUUUCAAAAAUAUGAAUUUCAAUAAUAAUAAAAGCAACGAUAGUGGAAGGGUAGAUGCAUGCGAAAGCAAACUUGAAAUUGUGACUCCGUAUUGGGCCUCAAAUUCGGCAGGAAAAAUACGUGCAAUCGUCAACACGCAGCAUUUCGAGCAGGCCAUUCAUCAAGAAGUUUGCGCGAAAUCUUCAACCAAAAGAUGUUCAGGUGAUUGCGGCUGCGAGCAAAAAUACAAGUGGCACCGCUUGUUGGCUUACGAUCCAGAUAAUGAUUGUAGGGGCAUUUUCAUGGACUGGUUCCUGUUUCCUUCAUGUUGCGUUUGUAGAUGUAACCCUUGAUUUUCUAGGCAUGAAAUUAAAUCAAUCUGUAAAAAUGUAAAUAAUAUUCUAGACGUGUAUAUGUCAAACAUCUACAUUUUAAUUCAUGAAUUGUUAUGUAUAUGAUAAUAUUUUUGAGUUAACAAUUCCUAUAGUUUCUGUUCAGUAUACGAAUUUAAAUAUAUGUAUCUAUACAUAAUAAUAUAAAGUGUAAAUAUUAAAUUUAAAUUUAACUUAAA